UGGCCUUAACGCCAUCUUUGUAGGUGAGUGUUAGUGCUGGCUGGGCUCGGAUUCUGUGUACAAUCCAUUAACAUCUGACCUCUGCACCUACCAUCGUUACAGCAAGCUAACUGUAUCCUUUUUCUCUUUUCCUGUAGAAACCUCCGCGCCAUGAGAGCCAAGUGGAGGAAGAAGCGAAUGCGCAGGCUGAAGCGCAAAAGAAGAAAGAUGAGGCAGAGGUCCAAGUAAACUGCUUGCUUGUGCACACAUGAAGGCCACAAGAUCAGAAACAUGGAAUGCCAGAGUCCGGGGACGCUAGUACAAGUUGUUGGACUGCAUGCUACUGUCUGGAACUUGCCUCUCGGUGGAUCUAGAACUUCACCGCCAUCUGUUCGCCAAGGCCACCUCUGAGAGAACCAUCUUGCUCAUACCAAAACAGUCCCUACUAGUCCUUUGCUCUGGACCUGACAUACUGGACUAGUUCUGUUCUCAGUUGUGGCUGAGUGUAACAAGUAUACAAUAAAUCACCUGCUGUUUCAGCUGAAGAAUCAAAUCUUCUUGUCUAUUAUGUGUUUUUUUGCGGUUCUAUUUGGUGGGGACCCUGUUACCAGUACAGCUAGUUCUCUGUCACUACUCGUGCUACGGAAGAUGUCAAGAAAACUAUAUUGCUAACAGCCCGGGUUAUGUCGUGUAGUCCACAAUUUGGCUAGAGCUGGAAAGGGUGUAGUAUACACUUGGGGGCAGGUUUCGGAAGUUGGCGGGCAAGUGCUGGUUCCGCCCCUACUUUCCUGGAGGCCUACAUUGCGUGUUAAUUUAGGGUUCUUUCCCCGUGCUUUGGGGUCGAGUUACCAUGGUGACACGCAAAGCUUGCUGGGUGCUUGCGUCGUGUCUCACAGAUUCCUCGCACACCAUAGAGUGUGGUUCCGGGUCUGGUAGCUAGAGCGUCACUUCCGCAGGAAGCGGAAGAAUGGUAGGGUGGGCGGCUCUUUGUCGAAGCUAGAGGACCGGCAGGCGGCAGCAGCAACUACGGCGGCGGCGGCAGGGCAGAGCCCGUUUUCUGACUGACCCCUCUUCGCGAGCAAACGCCAGCUCCGUGACGUCACAGCCCUGCCGGUCCUCUCAGCGUGAUGUCACCUGGACACCCCCACCCGGUCCCCCUCUUCACGUCGCGCUCCCUUAGUGUCCUGUUCACCUGGUUCAUGGCUGAGCGCCGGCGGCAGUACACAGAACCUGCCAAGCUAGAAGACUUGCCGCAGGGAAACUCCUAGGACUUUUUCCGCACACUCUAGGGUGUUGGGAAGCGUCAUAAUCACCGCCCCCAAGUCUAAUCUGCCAUCCCACUGCACUGUCAGUCGCUGCCCUUGUAAGGCUCCCCGUUCCGCGCUCCUAACUCCGACCCUCGGCCGGGCUCUGACCCCCACGUCUUGAGGCAGGGUGCCCCUCACCCUUUGUUCACUCAAGAACCCAGCAGUGAUGUGGAGGUGGAGACCCACAGGAGCCCCGGACUUCACCUGAGCUACCUCAGUGGUCAACAAGAGUGGCAAGAAAAGGAAGAAAGCCCUGAGUUGGGGGAGACCAGGAUGCCUGACCGGGACAACUAUGCCAACGGCACUGGGAACAGCAGUGGAGGCCCUGGAGGUGGUGGCAGUGAGGAAACCAGUGGGGCAGCAGCAGGCAGUGGCGGGGCCAGCUCAGAUGCCAUCUGUAGAGACUUCUUGAGGAAUGUGUGCAAGCGAGGCAAGCGUUGUCGAUAUCGCCACCCAGACAUGAGUGAGGUCUCUAACUUGGGGGUGAGCAAAAAUGAAUUCAUCUUCUGCCAUGACUUCCAGAACAAGGAGUGUAGCCGCCCAAACUGCCGUUUCAUCCACGGCUCCAAGGAAGAUGAGGAUGGCUAUAAGAAGACAGGGGAGCUUCCCCCUCGGCUGAGGCAGAAAGUGGCAGCUGGCCUGGGCCUUUCACCAGCUGACCUACCAAAUGGCAAGGAGGAGGUGCCUAUCUGCCGUGACUUCCUCAAGGGUGACUGUCAGAGAGGAGCCAAGUGCAAGUUCCGUCACCUGCAACGGGAUUUUGAGUUUGAUGCUCGAGGUGGAGGAGGCACUGGUGGUGGGGGCUCAACAGGCUCAGUUCCCCCAGGACGACGUCACGAUCUCUAUGAUAUCUAUGACCUUCCUGACAGGGGCUUUGAGGACCAUGAGCCAGGCCCCAAGCGCCGGCGAGGUGGAUGCUGUGCCCCUGAUGGUCCCCAUUUUGAAUCAUACGAAUAUAGCUUGGCUCCACCCCGAGGGGUAGAGUGCAGACUGCUAGAGGAGGAGAAUGCCAUGCUCAGGAAGCGAGUAGAGGAGCUAAAGAAACAGGUCAGCAACCUGCUGGCCACCAAUGAGGUACUACUGGAACAAAAUGCUCAAUUCCGCAAUCAGGCCAAGGUCAUGACCCUGAGCUCCACUGCACCAGCGACUGAGCAGACUCUGGCCCCCACUGUGGGCACUGUUGCCACUUUUAACCAUGGCAUUGCCCAGACUCAUACUACUCUUAGCAGCCAGGCUCUACAGCCUCGUCCUGUGUCCCAGCAAGAAUUGGUGGCCCCUGCUGGAGCUCCAGCUGCUCCCCCAACUAAUGCUGCACCUCCUACUGCUCCACCCCCACACUUGAACCCAGAGAUUGCACCACUGUCAGCUGCUCUGGCUCAAACAAUUGCCCAGGGAAUGGCACCCCCACCUGUUUCCAUGGCUCCUGUGGCUGUAUCUGUGGCUCCUGUGGCCCCGGUGGCUGUAUCGAUGGCCCAACCCUUGGCAGGAAUCACAAUGAGCCACACUACCACUCCCAUGGUGACUUACCCUAUCGCUUCCCAGAGCAUGCGCAUCACAGCCAUGCCACACUGAUGGGGCUAAUGGACACUCCCCUGGUAUAGCCUCUCAGGGCUGGGGUCGUGGGGCCCUAACCUACUUGCCCAGCCCUCCCAGGCCCUUUCUGAAGGCCUCUCUCAAGAACUAGGACAAGAGACUAUAAGGCGUAUGCUUCUGAGGAGGGGUUGGGCUGGUGUGUUUUCACUCACCUCCCUUUUAUGAGGGUCCUCUUGUCCAUCUUCUUUCAAGCCUCACAAUGGGGGCUUACUUAGGAAUGCAGACUGAAGCUAGCAGAGAGGAAGGACUGACUGAGGGGCUGUAUAGAGGACACAGUUGGGGACAUCCCUGGUCUUGUCCUCUGUUCUACACAGUGCAGGUUCCAGCCCUGGUUUUGGAAGAAAAAAAUACCCUGCCCAGAGGGAGAGCCAGGAAAGAUUGGGAAGUGGGUGGCCAGGAGAGAAGGCCUGAUAGGAGCCUUCAGACAAUUUGGGGCCCAGUUGGUUGGGUUGGACAAUACAGAAACUGUUCCUGGGCCCUGGAAAGGCCGGGACCAUAGUACUCCAGCCCAAAGACUAGGGAAGCAUUCAUUACCCUAGGUUGGCCUGGAAAUCCAUAGGGCAGGGCCCACUACUUUCCAAAGAAAUAAAAGAACAAUUAUUUUUAACAAAUGGAGGCAGUGAAAACUUGCUUAGAUAUUCUGUGUGGAAGAUGGGAGCAGUAAGUAGAUCUCGUGCCAAAAUGGAAUAAAGACCCUACCCUAAGUAGCUUGGGUAAAUUGGGUAGAGAGGCCAAUGGAAGAAGGGUAGGGAUCUAGAACAAGACCAAAUGGGGCUUUGGGGAAGGUGCUUUCUGGGGUAAAAGCAUUGGAGCCACCUAGUCUAGUUUAAAAAUAACCCCAUCUGUUUCUGAUCUCUCUCUGUAUGUGUUAUUCCCAGGUUGCCUUAGUAACCAGGGCUUCUAGGGUCAUUUUAGCAGGGCAGGUAUUAUGGAGGGUAUAUUUGCUUAGAAAUGGGGAUGGGAUGUUAUAUAGUUGACAGAUUUUCCCUUAUUCAAACAGCAGGGCAGGUGGAAGCUGCCUCUGAGUGAGUGAUGCCAGUUAAUGUCCCUCCUACCCAGCCCUUCCUCAGCCAGUUCCUUAAGGCUUUAAGGCUUGGGAGGUGCCAGGAAAAGGGAGUUCUUCUGGGGACACAAGCCUCAGGGCUCAUCUCUUUAUUCCCUCUGUCUCCACAUAGGACCAGAGGUUUUAAGUCUUCUUAAAGGUCAAUAAGGCCAGGAGCCCCAAUAGCCAAACCUCAGUUCCUCCUCAGCUCAGGCUGAUGUAGGGAAAACAACUCAGGUGUCUAGUCUAAUGAGACAGUGGAUUUGGGGGUAGAGAAAAUGAUCCUGGGUUGUGUUCCCCCCAUUGUAUCUCCUGCUACCUCUUGCUCUCUUAUCUGGUUAAUCACUCAGGUUAUACCUAGGAUUGGAGAUGGUAGGCUAGGUCAAAGCCGGUCAUUAAAAAAAAAAAAA